AUGCCGGGAGACCUCAAUUCUCCCAAGGCGUCAAUUCCUACCGUGAAUCCACCGCGGCGCCAAAAUACAAGUUGUGAUUCAUGCCGGCGUUCCAAGCGGCGAUGUGUUGUGCAGUCGGACCCAGACGGCAUUCCCAAUGCGAUAUGCACGAAUUGCCAGCGUUUGAGACGCCAAUGUACGUUUGAAUUCGCUAUAGCCCAGUCCAGUCUUCCUUUCUCGCGAAAACGACAGAAGCGCGACUGCGAGGAAACCAGUGGGCCAACAACGCAAAAUGAAUCGAAUGACUUCGAUACAACAAUCGAGGAAAUCACUGGAAGCUCGAUCAAUCGAUUCGAUGCUGCAUCUAUUGCUGACCAAGAUGUUAUGGCAGCUUGGCUGAAUCUUGAUUAUGAUGAGAUUGUCGCGGAUAGCGCCACCUCCUUUUCAACCAACCUCGAACCUUCUAAUUCAUUCGAUGCGCUUCGUUCUGAGUACAUAGCGCCCGCAGAGAGCCAACUUACGGCCACCACAUCCCAACUGACUCGCUUGCAUCGAGGACAGAAUAUCCGAUCAGAUAAUCACCGGCCAACAAUUAGGCUUUCACUCAACAGUCCCAUCUACCUGCUGAAUUCUGGAGUAGACGCGAAGAUCUUUGGUGAUCGUCUCGCCCGGAUCUAUGAAGCAAUAGCAACAGCCAGUGCAUCCAGAUUCUUGGACUACGACUGCAAUCUCUAUGCGACUGGCAGUCGCUACCGGUUGGGGGACAAUGACUCAGGGAGCUCAAAUGGAUCCGAAACUGCCAGGCCAACCGUUGAUGUAACCGCUAUCUCACCACGGCUUGAUCUUUCAGUAUCAUCGCAAGCAAUGUCUCAUGAAAUUUCCUUGAUAGGAAGUGUUCGGUUCCUUGAUCAUUUGGGCGGUCUUUAUGGCAAUCGACUGAACUCGGCUGCUCGGAAGAAAUCAGAUGACACCUUCUAUGCUGUCCUUCGCGUAUUCUCGAUGCAAUGGUUACCGAACUCACCUUCGUUUGAAGUGGGUUCUCCUUAUGAUCACUUUGCUCGGAAUCUAGAGGCGGGAGAUGACUCUUCCUUGAACGCCUUCACUGAUGCUUGGGUGCGGGCAAGAUCACUCCUCAAUGAUGCGCACGACGUUCGGUCAUUUCGAGUGGUAUUGGCAACACUCAUGUUCGUUGGGAUUGUUAUACCAACUAAAAUAACUGAUAGAGAGGAUCUCGUACCGAACGACUUCCUUGACACAGCUCUGCAAAAGUUAUCCUAUUUAGAUGGACUUGUUACACAAUACUGUGCGAACGUGGGGCCGUCAUCUAUAUAUGGAGCUCUUGCUGAAGCAAGUUUAAGCAUUAUCCGAUGGACCGCGUAUAUUCGCGACACAGGCGCAGCGUUAGCGAUGGAUCGGCAAUGCAAACUUCCAGAUCUGUGGGGUACUACAAAAGUCCUCUCAAAUAAAGAGGCCGUGGCAGCAUUGGCAGUCUCUCAGAAUAUCUUAGAGUUGGAUAUCAAUGUCCAACCCAUCUGCCGGAAAGCAAGUGCGGAAAUAUUUUGUGUCUGGAGGCAGAUCAUAAGCAUCAAAACAGUUGCUAACCAGUGGCAUUGCACUAUCAAUGAACGGUCCUCGUCAAUCAUUAGAGCAAUAAACUUGAGUGUGGCAGCUGUCCGUGACUUCAGCCAAUCAUUCCAACCUUUCAUCUCUCAGUGCAUCAGAAAGUUCGAUUGUCUGUCCACGUCUCCCAGGAUAUCUCUUGUUUCUCUCGUGAUGUUUUGGAACCUUGGCAUUUUCCUAUUCGCCGAAGUAUUUAGAAAGGUGACCAAAGACCUUGAUACCUACAUCGAACAAGAAUCAGGACCAACCGUCCGAGAAUACCAGCGCGAGGCAGCUUCAUGUGUGGCACAAGUAGUUGAAUGUGUACACAGCUUGCCUACCGAGGAAGCUUUUAACCUCCAGAAUGGACUCGGCGCCGAAGUCCCAAUCACCGCUUAUCAUGUCACACCGAGCUUGGCUGUCACGACUCUUCAACGGGCCAUUGAGAGUGUGAUAGACCUGCAACUUCGCUCUCGCUCUGAUGCUGAUUUAUCAGACUUAUCAGACGACACGCAGUUUUUGAUACCGGAUGGGACCUGGGACCGACAAAUUGACAUUCUCAUGAAAGGACUCAUCUCGCUUGACGUUACUAUUGGCGGAUCACAAACCAGUGGUGUGGCCGUUAGAGGGUUAAUGCACAAACAUGGGGACAUAAUAUCCGAGUGUUGGACUUCGGGGUUUGACUCAUGA